AUGUAAAAAACUCAGCCAGUUAGCAGGGAUUCUUAAAUCUUUGAAACCUUAAAUUAUAAAGAUGAUUCGAUUCAAGUGCAAGAUCUCGACUUUUUUGGACCUUGGCAUAAAUAAAACAAUUCAAUUUAAUAGCAAAUCGCAUAGAUUAGAAAAACCUAUACUUCCUCAACUAAUCAUGUGCAGAAUGAUAUAAUGGAACGGCGAGAGACCUAAACUUCACAAGUUAGGAUGAUUAAUACCUCAUUCCCUAAUAAAAGGAGAAAAACCAGAAAAAUAUCAAUUGAUCAAUCUAGUUAAUUUGUAGAAAAACCUAAAUAUAAUGAAUCUCGUUAGGUCUAAAGAAUCAUUUAAGAGUUCUUUACCGAUGAAAUUAAGGAGAAGAAAAAAAAGUAAAGAAACUAUGGUUUCUUUAUGCCUCAAUCUUCAAAAUCUAGUAGUAAUACAAAAUGCAAUGGUUCGUCUUUUUAAACAACUUAAGCAUAUUUUGAUAAAAUUGCUCUAAAAAUGUUGAAAUUGAUGCCCAACCUAUAGAAAUCCCCAUCGAAAUCGAUUAAACCUUUAAAAAAUGUAAAUAUCAAAUAAAAACUCAUUCUUGAUAUGCCGAUAAAUACAAAAAGCUAUUUUCCUCCUUAAUUAUUAAUUAACACUACAAAAAUUACAGAAGUCACUCCUUAAAAUUUGAAUUCUUCUGAUAAUAAACCUCAGAUCAAAACUCUAAACUUUCUUGCCAAAACAGGUAAGGGUCCUAUCUGGAAAGUAAAUAAUUAUACUAGUUUAUGA